AACUCAAUUCCAAUCGCUUUUUGUUUGUGGUAUAACGUCGAUUUCAUUCAACCCAAGAAACCAUCUUCAAUAUUAACACAAGAAUGGCGCAAGUCAACGGUAAUGCCCCCAAAAUCACUCUCUACACGAAUCAUCGCUGUCCAUGGGCCCAUCGCGCACACGUCGCUAUCAAGGAGCUGGGAUUGCCAUAUGAGGAGGUCAUCAUAGACCUGGACAAGCCAAGAGAGCUGUGGUAUCUUGAAAUCAAUCCGCGCGGCCUCGUCCCUGCAAUUGAUUUCAACGGCGAGAUCAUCACAGAGUCUGGUAUUGUCGCAACAUUCCUGGCAGAUGCAUACCCCUCGCACCUUCUUCCCACGGCUGGCACCCCGGAAGCUGCACUUAGCCGCGCGAAAAUCAAUUUCUUCGUUGAUACCUGGUUCAGCAAGGCAAACAGCUACCUCUUCAAGAUUCUCCUGGCAGCUUCAGAAGAGGACCAAGCGAAGAUGAGCAAGGAGGUUGUGGAUAUAGUGGGCAAGGAAAUUGAGCCUUUGUUGAAGGAUGCAAAGCCGUUCUUCGGCGGCAGUGACAAGCCUACUCUAGCUGAGGCUCUCACCGCGCCUUUCAUCCUCCGGUACUACACGUUUUCGAAACGCGAUGCCCUUCCAAAGUCAAUCCUGUCCGGCUUCGACGCGCUGCCCAACUUCUCCAAAUGGGCGGCUGAGGUCAUUAAGCUGGACAGCGUGACCUACAUUUGGAAUGAAGAGGAUGUUGUCACUACCACACUGCGAAAGGUGGCAAGUAUGAAGGGACAGGCGGCUGCGAAGUGAGCUCGACAGUGUAGUCGCCACGAGUAUGUGAAGGGAUCGCUAUCGCGGAGUUGGUGCGGUAGUUCUAGGCGGCUAAUUGGGUCGACCGACUAUGUCGGUACCACAUACUGAGUGCAUAACGAGAGUCACCAGGGAGUAUACCUAGUCGCCACAGAACAUGCAACAGCCAUGUCAAGGUCAUCUAUGAUCUUUUUCAACAUUAAUCCUAACGUACAAAUACAUUUGAGUACGACC